AUGGCAGGUCUGGGGCAUGCUGAAACAGUGGUGAUGCAUUUAUUGGAUGAUCUUGAGGGAUGUUAUCGCACCGUGGUAGCUGACAACUUCUUUACCAGCAUUCCUCUGGCAAAGCGUUUGUUAGAACAUGAUACGUAUCUUAUUGGGACACUGAGAAGUAAUCGUGCCAGAUCAGGCAGCGAAGUUGCUCAAAAAAACCUUCGACGGGGUGAAGUUUACGGACUUCAGAAUAAAGAAGGAGUAAAAUUGAUCAUGUGGAAAAAUAAAAAGAACGUCUUGAUGAUAUCCACAAGACCUUCGGAUUCAGCAACUGUAGUAGAUACUGGAAAUAUCAAUAGUAAAAAUGAACGCAUCAUGAAGCCACAAGUUGUACUGGAUUACAAUGAAAGAAGAAGAGGUACUGAUUUAUCUGAUCAACUAUCAUCAUAUUAUACGUGCCUCAGGCGGUCAAUAAAGUGGUACCGAAAGGUAGCAUUUGAAUUAGUUUUCGGGACGGUACUGGUAAAUAGCUAUUUGAUAUACAAGGAAAACUACGCAGCAAGCAAAGUGACCAUUCUGCAAUUUAGUGAAAGUCUUGUCCGAUCUUUACUGCUUGGCAUGCCAUUCGAGAAGCUGAAGCCGGAUCCAAGACAAAAAUCAACAGGUCAAACGAAACGCAAACUUGCUGAUCACAAACUUGAAGAAAAAGAAGGAGCUGCUCGUGAUGUCCGAAGACGUUGUGUUGGUUGUUACGAGAAAAAUAGGGAACAACAAUCAAGAGAAGCGUGUCAUUCAACAACAAAGAGAGUAAAAACUUUCUGUUCUGAUUGUAACAAAUUUUUUUGUCUUGAUUGUUUUAACGAGAAGCAUCAUGCUAUGUAACAAAUGAUUCUGAAAAUAGCGAAGGCAAAGCAGAUCACACAUUAUGUGUAACCUUCCGUUUAAGAAUAAAAGAAAAGAAAGCUUUUUUCUAUUAAUUUUCUUACUAAAAUAUAGUGGAAUCCACUGGUGGACCUCAUCGUGGUGAAUGGGUUAAUUACUGAUGACUUAUUUACCAAUGACAUGCAUUAUCGGUAUGUGUUGAUAACUUUCCGCGUUAUAUAGUAAAAAUAUGGUAAAAUAAGGAUUUUGGACUCCAGUUUGCAUGAGGCCAACUUUCGAUCACUUCAUGUGACCCCACGUGUAGACUCACACCGACGCUCAUAUCCACUCUGUUUUUCGCCGUAGUUGAUUGUGUACGCCCGUGCAUCGCAGUAUGUAAUUAAGGUGUGGGUGUGGGUGUGGGUGUGGGUGUGGGUGUGGGUGUGGGUGUGGGUGUGGGUGUGGGUGUGGGUGUGGGUGUGGGUGUGGGUGUGGGUGUGGGUGUGGGUGUGGGUGUGGGU